AUGGAGAAGACAGUAAAGAUGGAAGAGCAGAACUUUGCUGUCCCUGAAGGAGGAAAAAUCUCCUGUAUCGUGCAGGAAUGGAGCAGUGCAGAACCCUGGGAAAGCAGAGAGCUGGAGAACAUGGGUUGGACCAACACCAGUUCAGACGUAGAGUACAAGGUUUUCAGGGACUUCUUCUACCAGGAGGCUGAGGGACCCCGAAGGGGGGGAGCGGGAAACGAAAAGACCUGCAGAGAGAAUAAACUGACCCUGGGAGAUCCUUCUAAGCCUCCUUCGCUUUGUGGUGGACUGGAAGCGGUUUCUGCACAGCCAGGGCAGGGUCCAGUGACUUUUGAGGAGGUGGCCGUGCAUUUCUCGGAGGAGGAGUGGGCUCUGCUGGAUCGAAGCCAAAGGACUCUGCACAAGGAAGUCAUGGAGGAGAAUCGUGGGAUCCUGACCUCUCUGGGUGAUUGCAGGGAGAACAAGAAAAAUGGCGCACAUCAGAGAAGGAGAGCAGAAACUGAACAGGAGUGGGGAAACAAAUCCAUUUCUCUUGAAGGGUCAGACGUCCGUGAAAUGCCAUUAGUAGAAGAACCAAGGAAAAGGAAUAUUCACAAUGGGAAGCCACAGAAGAAAAGCUCUCAGGAUAUAAAGACUCAGAAGAUACACCGUACCAAGGGUCAAAGAUUUCAUACAGAAGGGAAAAGAUUUCAGUGCUUGGAGUGUGAGAAGAAAUUUAAUUUCCACUCAGAACUUAUCUUGCAUAAAAGGAUUCACUCAGGGGAGAAGCCCUUUAAAUGCUCUGAAUGUGGAAAGGGUCUCAGUAGCAGCACAAGCCUUAAAAACCAUCUCAGAAUACACACAGGCGAAAAGCCCUUUCACUGCCCAGAAUGUGGAAAGAGUUUCAGUAAGAGCAUUAACCUGAAAGCACAUCAAAAUUCUCACACAGGGGAUAAGUCCUAUAAAUGCUUUGAGUGUGGAAAAAGCUUCCUUCAUAGCAGCCGCCUUAAGGUGCAUCAAAGGACUCACACAGGCGAGAAGCCUUUUAAAUGCUCAGAAUGUGGAAAGGGUUUCAGUUGCAGCAGGAACCUUACAGAUCAUCAGAGAAUCCACACAGGCGAGAAGCCCUUUAAAUGCUCAGAAUGUGGAAAGGGUUUCAGUUGCCGAAGGAACCUUAAAAACCAUCACAGAAUCCACACAGGGGAGAAGCCCUAUCAAUGCUCAAUAUGUGGGAAAAGUUUCAAUCAGAGCAGCCAACUUAAGUUGCAUCAGAGAAUUCACUCAGGGGAGAAGCCCUAUAAAUGCUCAGAGUGUGGAAAGGGUUUCACUCGGAGCGGAUAUCUUAAGGUGCAUCAAAAUAUCCACACAGGCGAGAAGCCCUUUAAAUGCUCAGAAUGUGGAAAGGGUUUCAGGUACAGCACAAACCUUAAAGACCAUCAGAGACUCCACACAAGGGAAAAGCCCUAUCAGUGGUCAGUAUGUGGGAAGAAUUUUUCUGUGAGCAACCCGCUUAAGAUGCAUCAUAGAAUUCCCACUGGCGGGAAGCCCUAUGAAUGCUUGGAAUGGAAAGAGGUUUUCUUCCAGCACACAUCUUAAGCAACAUCAAAGAAUUCAC